GCAUCAUUUCCCUCCGUCUUUUUAAACCAGAUUUUUUGGUAUACUUGGGCUGUUCAGUCUCCCAGAGGGUCAGAUAAACACUCAAGAUGCCCGUCAGCUACACUGGAACAUGGGACAUGAUCAGUAGUGUCAAUUUUGAGGGAUACAUGGUUGCACUUGGCAUUGAUUAUGCAACACGUAAGAUGGCUUCAAUGUUGAAGCCACAGAAACUGAUUGAGCAAGAUGGAGACUGUUUCACAAUAAAGACCAUCACUACUUUCAGAAACUAUGAGUUUUCAUUCAGAAUAGGAGAAGAGUUCAUAGAAGUGACCAAAGGAAUGGACAACAGGUCAUGCCAGACUGUGGUGAACUUGGAAAAUGAUAAACUGGUGUGUGUUCAGAGAGGUGAGAAGAAGAACCGAGGGUGGCUUCACUGGAUUCAGGGAGAUGAGCUUCACCUGGAACUCACCUGUGAAGAUCAAGUCUGCAAGCAAAUUUAUAAAAGGACUCUGUGAUCUGAUUGUUGGGCCCAAUAAACUUUAUUUACAUGCA